GAGGCGCUGCUGAGCACUGAGCAACCUGGUCGCGGGCAAAGACCAUAGAAUCUUGAGCAAAAAAGAAAGUGCUCUAGUAUCUUUGGUCGUGGGUGUUGGAGCCGGAGAGCCGGGGCGGAGCGGAGUGUAGCGAGGGAUGGAAGCAGCAGCAGCAGGAGCAGCGGCAGCGGCGGCGGCGGACGGGGAGCCGGAGCUGGCGAGUGUCUGCGGAGCUGGAGAGCCGCUGCAUGUUAUGGAGCAGCCUCAGUACAAGAGUCCCGGGCCUCAGGUCGAUGGCGAGGGGGAAGCGUUGCGCCGCGGCCGUGAGAGUCUCUGCGCCGAAUUCGCCCAGGUGACCGGCAUGGACCAGGCUGCUGCUCGUUGCAUCCUGGAGGAAAACCAGUGGCUGCUGGAAAGAGCCCUCAACUCCUAUUUUGAAGCAGCUGUUCAGCCAUCUUGUUCUGUCGUGGAAGCGACCCCACGGUUACUGAAUGGAGCAGAUUUCCAAAUGUGCAUUGAUUUAACAGAUUCCAGUCAUGUACAGACAAGCAAAGGAAAAGGUGCAAAGGUACAACUAGAUGAAAGUGUCAUCUCAUUGUUAACCUGGAACAUAGAUGGACUUGAUGAGACAAACUUACAGGAACGAGCUCGUGGUGUUUGUUCCUGCCUGGCACUGUACAGUCCCGACAUAGUGUUUCUUCAAGAGGUUACGAUGCCCUAUUACAAUUACAUAAAGAAGCGAGCAGUGAGCUACAUCGUAAUUCCAGCAAAUAGUGAUGAUUACUUCACUGUUAUUAUGCUACAAAAGUCCCGAGUGAAAUUAUUGACACAAGAAGUAAUAGAUUUCCCAACCACCUCUAUGAUGAGAAACCUCCUCAUUGUUCAGGUAAACAUCGCAGGGAAUGAACUCUACUUAAUGACAUCCCAUCUGGAGAGCACAAAGGAUUUUUCUAAGGAGCGGGUUAUGCAACUGGGGACUGUCAUGAAGAAAAUGAAAGAAGUUCCAGAUUGUGCCACUGUUAUAUUUGGAGGGGAUACCAACCUGAGAGAUCAUGAGGUGAAACGAUUGGGAGGAUUACCAGCUGGCAUCUCGGAUAUUUGGGAAUUCUUGAACAAACCAGAACACUGUUGUUACACCUGGGAUACCACAACUAACAAUAAUUUGAAGGCACCCUACUCUUGCAGGCUCCGUUUCGACCGUGUGUUUUUCAGGGCUUCCGGAGAAGGUCAAAUCAUUCCAAAGGAAAUGAGCCUCGUGGGGCAAGAGAAACUGGAGUGUGGACGGUUUUGCAGUGAUCACUGGGGACUUUUUUGUGACUUUGAUGUCAUCCUCUAAGACAAACUGCAAUACCUGAAACAAAACAAUUGUGCCUGAAAGUCUGAGUUGUAUGAUUUCUGGAGUUAAAAUAUUCAGGAUUGUUUCUGAGUUAAUGAGAUAACCCAUUAGCUACAUCCUACCCAAAUUUACCACACCACUUCAGAUUGCAGUCAUCCUUCUGACGAGCUAAAGAGAUGGGUGAAGAAAAUUGUAUUGUGGCACAUUAUUGGAAUACAGGUUCUUGUGCCAAGUUAUUUAUUGGAGCAGAUCUUCAUGAUGGAUGAACACCAUUCUAAAACCAACUGCUUGCAGUGAUGUGCUCCUUUCCCCAGCUCAUUUCUUGCCAAGAUGAGUGGGGGGAAAAAUUCCAUGCAAUUUGUUUUUAAAUUCACUUUUCUAGAAUGGCUUUUAAUGCAAUGCCUCAGUUCCUACUUCGGUUUAGCUGUGUUGGGUGUCUUUGAAAUGGUUUUACAUGUAAUAAUUCUCCAUUUGUGCAAAAUACCUUUUGGUUUUAUUUCUCUUUGCAAUAUCCUCUUAAUUUUAGGAAUUUAUGUAAGUGGGGAAAAAUCCCUUUUGCCUCAUUUUAAACGUUAAUAGAAAGUCCAAUUGUGUCUUUAGAUGCAUUUAUUUUUAAUGUUACAAAUAAAUAUGAUAUUUCACUAUC